UUUUACUUGAUAUUAUGAUUGAUUAAAUGCAUUGAUUUAUCUAUACAAUAGAUAUCGAUCAAAUUAUACUUAAAACAAAAAAGAACAAAAUUUAGUCAAUGACAUCAUAUGAAUACUCGUCUUUACGUCACAUUAUUCCUUGCGUUGAAGUCAAUGCUUAGAUACAGCGUUUAUUUGAAAUAUGUCUAUAUAAGGUAUAAGCAACUGCAACUGUAGUUAAUCCAACAUUUCUUGAAACUGGUUUACUUUAAAUAUUUUCUGUGGUGUUCAUUGCAGCUAUAAUUUUAACAUUUAAUUUUACAUAAAAGCAAAAAAAAAAGAAAAACAUGGAGACUAUCAUACAACAAAAAGUAAUUGAAGUUGCUAAUAAUGUUGAGAAACAAUUGGAUGCAGAAUUAGAAAGAUUGGAUAAUUUGGAUAUUAAUGAUAUUGAGAAAUUAAGAGAAAAUCGUUUGCAAGAACUUAAAAAGUUACAAAAACAAAAACAAGAAUGGCUUGCUUUGGGUCACGGAGAAUAUUCCGAAAUACCAGAUGAAAAGGAAUUCUUUGAGGUGUCCAAAAAAUCUCAAAAUAUUGUAUGCUUAUUUUACAAAGAUGAUUCGCCAAGGUCCAAAAUUGUAGAUCACCAUUUUAAAAUCUUAGCUAAGAGGCAUUUGGAAGCUAAAUUUUGUAAAUUAAAUGUCGAACGCUGUCCAUUUCUCACUGAACGUUUACGAAUAAAAAUUAUUCCUACAAUAGCGCUUAUAGUAAAUGGAAAAACUAAAGAUUAUAUUGUCGGUUUUACUGAAUUGGGUAAUUGCGAUGAUUUUUCUACCGAAACAUUAGAAGUUAGAAUUGGUCAAUCUGGAGCUAUUAAUUGUAGCGAUGAUAUAAUAUAUUCUAACAAUGCUAGGAAACCAUUUAUGUCUCACAUAACAAAACCUAAAACUAUUAAAGGCCACGAAUCCGAUGAUUCUGAUGGUGAAGAUUAUUAAGCAUACGAUUACUAUUAAUACAUAUACAUACGUUUUAUUUACAUGAACAGUUUUAACGUUUAUACUUUGAAAA